AUGGCGGUGAAACAGCUAGUCGCGAAAAUCGAAGUGAUACUACUAAACGAGUUAUCCGGUUACGUGGAGCGACGCAAUGAACCAGAUCGACGACUCAUUUCUCGUCUAAAUCGAGAAUUGAUUAAUAUCGAUUCGAAAGAUGAUCGCCCCUCAAUAUAUCAUGUACCCUCACCGUCACGGCCGGCGUGGAAAACGUGGAAUCUGGAUGUGUCGGAUCCGGCGAAAAUGCAAAAAGUGCUGGACAUGACAGCAGACAUAAUGCGUCUACCCCGUCACUCUGUCACCGAAUCCGACAUUCCCGAGAUCAAAAGUUCCUCCGAUUGGGACGCCCGUCUCAUGAGUCUAUUCAUUUGUGAGAGUAUCGGGAUAGUGCCGGUACAAGUGAGCGAUGCCCGUAGUGAUAUAAUGUCGGUGACGACAGAAGACAGAAGACGUGGCUGCAGUGUCGACUCGUCGGUUUCGCGCUUUGUUCGAGAAGGACCGUAUGUCUCAUCGUUCCGCGAAAAAUCGAUACCGUUGGAGGAGACGCCGAGGCUGGGAUCAGUUUCGUCGAGUAGUAUAUGUACUGUUGAUACGAGACCUUCGAAUGUCUCUUCCCUUCCGCCACUCACCGAUUAUAAUUCUCAUGCAAGCAGUAUUUUGAGUUCAUCAAUCACGCCGACACCGCGUGAAGAAGAUGAGACGUCGUCGUUUUGUUUCGGAAAAAGUUACCUGACACGUCCGAUUUGUGUCGAGGCAUUCAGCACCCAGACGCGCCCCAACAAAUUAGCGGUGACGGACAGUUGUGGAGGGGUCUACAUAACCAACUCGCGAGGGGAAAUCGAACAGAAUAUACUGAUAAAGAACUCGUCGGCUAGCUCGGUUUGUGUCGAUGAGAAGAAUGAGUUGAUGUACGUCAGCGUAAUGCAAUCCAAGGGUCGAUCCAUCCACGUCUUCGACGUAGCCGCCAAUUGUCGUAAAGUCGAAGUGAUCGCGUGUCCAAGAGACCCAAAAAUCGAGAUGAGCAGGACGCGAUGGAUUACGGUAGGACCGCGUGGCCACCUAUUUAUGACUUCUGGAGAUAAUAUCAAAAGUGCACUGUGGACGUAUAUAAGGAGUAAGAAGGCGUGGAAACUUUUGAAGGAAUCGAGGAAGUCGAGAUAUCAGUAUUUGACGGUGGCUGAGGAUCAGGCGGAUUAUAAAGCGGUGGUGUUACUGACUUGCGAUGCUGCAAACAAUCGUCUAUUGUUAUUUGUGAUUGACCAUUCCAUGAGUCUGAUAAAUGAAUAUGACCUCAGUAAGACAUAUCGAUUGAAUGAACAUGUUCAUUCGCCGGCGUCUGCUAUUGUUGAUAAGAACGGAAACCUCCUGAUCCUCGACUACGCCAGUGGCAAACUAUGGAUCCUUCUAUCCGGCGUCAAAGGUGUCCGUCGGUUGAAACAAGUCAGCCUCCCAGAAAUUGUACGACCUCAGGAAGCACUCGGAAUUUGUUCAAGGGGCGACGUACUGUACCUAGCCCUUUUCAAUCGUCGUGAAAUCUUGUGUACCCGGUAUCUAGAAGACGGCGUCUUCAAAUCUGCACCCGCUACGUCAUCACCAAUUCAACAGAGACGCAGUUUGAGUCUACCGAGGACUUAA